AUGGUGCUUGAAAUCUUGGAGCAUAGCGAAGCAUGGGAGCAGGUGGACGAUGUCCUUACAUUUUCCCACACCAAGGUCAUCCUCCGCGACGGCUCUCGGUAUUUCUAUGCUAUCACCGAUCGCCGCUAUCCUCCGUCCUCCAAGAUAGAUCCAUCCACUCUUAAUCUUCAUCCGAUUCCAAUCUCGCGGAUCCGGCCAGUAUUUCCAGCAAGCUACACACGAGCGGCGAACCGCCUACCUCCAAAUUCAUAUGUGAAACGACCUAGCUUGCUCUAUUAUGGAGACACCAAGGCAUCGACGGAUAUAAGUACUCUGGUGCUACGUGAGGCUCAAAUAUGCGAGAUUCUGGCGAAGUCCCCGCAUCCAAACAUUGCAAGAUACCUAGGUUGCGAAGUUGAAGAUGGCGUGAUAACAGGGCUCUGCUUUGAAAGAUAUGGCGACACGCUCUUCCAAAGGGUUAAAGAUGCCCAACCAAUUGACACAGUGGCAUGUUUGAGGAGUAUUAAAAUGGGUAUCGAACAUCUCCACGGACUUGGUAUCGUUCAUGGGGACAUUAAUCCACACAACAUAUUGUCUAACGGAGAUACGUUUGUCCUCACAGACUUUGAUUCAUCAGCAAGAGAAGGGGAAGUGCUUGGCUUAAAAGGGGGAACAAAGGGAUGGACCGAAGACUUUGAAACUGCGGUGUAUAGUAAUGAUUGGCAUGGAUUUUCCAUGAUCAAGGGUUUCCUCCAUUCGUACGCAUCGAAUGCCUCUCCACCCAAUGCAAGCAUAUAA